AUGGUUUCAACUACGGGUCCUUACGCGCGUAUGGUGAAUAAUCGUUUCGAUUUAACACCAUAUUGUCAGAGAGCGUUGGUAGAUUCACUUGAUCGUUUAACAUCAGUUAAAUUUGCAUUAUUUUCGUUAGUUCGUCCAGCCCUUAAAAUUGCUGCUAGGUCUUUAUUUAUCGAAAACGAAGAAAUAAAUAUAUCAAAUAUACUUUCACAUUUGAACUCAAAUACUCCAGUUACAUCUCCACCACCAGAAGCACCACCACAACGUCCAAAACGUUCAUUUGGCCAACGUAUCAUUCAUUUUUUUACUGUCGGGAUACCAUUAGCUAUUUUAGUGGGAUUGAUUGCCGGUGUUAUGCACUUUGUCAAAUCAGUUUCCCAAGAUUUACUAACUGUUUUCACAAUCGGCUCAGAAAUGUAUCGAAUGGCUCGUUUCGAUGGUCAAUAUUACAAGCAAAAUCCACAAGAAUUACCAAGUAGAAAUGUGGCCUUUGAUGCUGUUAUCAAUCAGGUCGUCAUUUUUUAUACUAGUCGAUUGAUAUAUAAAAAAUUAGGCAUAUUUCAUUUUCUGGCUAAGCCACUCAUUUUUCUACUUGAACGAGUGCUGAAAAAUCGUGUUGCUACAUUUUUUGAUACAAUUGAUCGGUUACGAGGAAGAAAUGUGGCUGCUGGAGCACAAUAUCAAUCGUAA